AUGGCGGCCUCGGUGGCGGCAGCUGCAUUUGUGGCGUUGGCGGUGGCGGUGGCGGCAGCAGUUGACACGGCUGUACGGGCGGUUGUGGCGGUGAAGGUAGCGGCAGCGGUGGCGGCAAGCGUAAGCGCGCCGCGCCCUCUAGGAACUAAACGCGUACUCCAUGAUACUACUCUGCCGAUGCGUAAUUUUCACACGUCGGCAGCAAUGGCGGCAGCUGUGGCAGUGGCGGCAGCGGUGGCUGUAGCCGUGGAGGUGGCUGCAGUGGUGGCGGCAGCGGUGAUUUUAGAUUUGAAUUUGAAAUGUAGUGGAAAAAUCAAUGUGGAAAACAAUAUAAAGAUCUUAAACAUAAUGUCGUUUUCACAGAAACAUAGUGGGAAGGUGUUGGUGCCCUGGUACAAUUCAGCGGAAUGGGCAUAUAUUUACAAUAUACUUCAGUCUGAUGAAUUGAAUGACCGAAAAAAAGCAAUAGAAGUACUGAAAAUCUGGAAAAUUCGAACGCCCUUACUAUCAGCAGGUGUGGAAGGCACUUUGAUUAUUCUAGAAGCUCAAUUGUGCAACAAAGAAAGCUUGUCAGAAAAUCAGAUAGCCCAACUAUACUCUUUAUCCUUAUUGAGAUUCUUAAAUAUUUGUGCUGCUAAUAAUGAAAAACAAGGAACCUUCAACAAAACUGCUUCUAAAAAUGAUCUGCCCAAAUGGAUGAUAGAUAUUAGACAUGACAUAGCUCAUGACCACCGUUUACCAUCAAAAUCUUUGCUAGAACAUGCUCUCACCCAGUCAUUCCAAUGGUUGAUGGAGAAAUAUUGGAAACAGCAAAAUGACCUGAUAACAGAUUAUGUGGUAACUGAAGAUUCUAUGGAUUCGAAUUGGAAAGUUCCCAAAACUCUAGACAUUUACAUCAGGUUAAGUUUCAACAUACUCAAUGGAAUCAGUAUGAAUGAAUUUGAUCAAGGGCUAAUGGCAAAACUGAACUAUGUGGUGAAUAAAAAGAGCAAGCAGUACAAUGACAUAACUAUCAAUGUCUUCCUUGAUAUUUUGGAAGAAAUUUUGAUGCAGUACCUUGACAUUCCAGAGAAUGAAAGAAUAGGGACCCAGAUAGCAAAAAUAUUAGUCACUGAUAAGGCUAUGUUAGCAACUGACUUAGAAACAACUCCAGAAGGAGUUGAAAUGAUUCCAAAGAAUUUCAGGAAGUUGUGGUCAAAUUUGGUUUCGAUGCUGUAUGAAAAUUCUUGCUUAUUUUCACUGGUGGAUCAGUUUUUGGAAAUUAUCAAUAAUGCUGUUCUCAGUGAUACAUUGAGAAAGGUAGCUUCCAUUUGGAUCCAAGAAAUAUUUGAUGGAUUAUUGAAUUUACAACUCAUUAAGGAAGAAUUUGAAGGCAUAAAAGAGGAAAAUUCUGUUGACUUGGACUCAAAAACAAGUAGGAUCAUAUUGAAAACAAUUUUGAACAAGAAAAAUCCCCAAUUGAAAGACUGCAUAGAGUUUGAGUCCUCUGACAAGCUUCCCUUACUAGAAGCCAAACAAUUUGAAGAAAAAAUAUUGAAAAUACCAAAUGUUUAUGUUCUGGAUUUCUUAGAAAGAGUUAUGACUUUCAACAAAAACACAGAUGAGCACAUUAAGCUUACAAAAAAUUUGGUUGAAAAUUUGAUUGGUCUUAACACUAAUUUCACUACAUGGAAUGGUGAAAUAUUCUCCUUAGAUAACCUCAGUUCAGCAUCAGGACUCAAUUAUUAUGAAGAUAUUUGUCAAGUAAAGGAAAUUGCUUCUACAGCUAAUACCGGAAAUAUUGGCAACACUGUAUUGGGAACUAGAUGGAAAAUCAUAAAAGACACUUCAGCAUAUCAAGGGUGUCCCUUGGGUGUUCUACCCCAUCAGAAUAGAGCUGAAAACCCAGCUUUACUCUUUGCUUGAGCCAUAUUGAGGUGGCCUAAAAAAAAAUGAGGAAAUUCUUGUUUUUCUCCAAUUCAAUACCAACUGCAUUUAUUGCUGGGUCUUUAGAUUCAACUAAACCAACAACUAGGAACCAAAAAAGUUGAUUACAAGUAAAUGUCUUAUUAGAAUUCAUACAUGAAUAUAUGUAUAUUUUCUUAAUAUUUUGGACAUUCUACUUAACAAUUAAGAAUUAGUAAAUGUUGGACAGGAAAUUCACAGAUCAUAAAAUGUGUUUUGCUAUUGUUCAAAGUGGAGUUUGGUAGUAUUUCAGGUUCAGGAAAUUCCCAAAUUUUGCUUGUUUUUGAUAUUGGGAAGGACAAAUCGAUUGUGAAGACCAAUAACAGUUUUUUUGCAUCAUUAUUUUGAGCAACCUUCAAAAUACAUUUCACAUAUAAUAAUUGAGAAAUAUUAGUUAUAGUUAUUAAUUGUUGAUUGUUAAUUGUUAAUUCCUAGUUGUUGGUUUAGUUGAAUCUACAAAUGCAGAAUUUUUUUAUUUUAUGUGUUAUAUUGUUAUGACUAAAGUUGUUUCAAGUUGAAACUCAAUAAAUGUUACAACAUUUCAAGCUAUAUGC